GAGUUAACGCUUCCCAAGAACUGUGCGAUGAUUGUCGACCCGGAGGGCGAUCUGAUGAACUUCAAGAUUACCAUCUGUCCCGACGAGGGCUACUAUAAGGGCGGAAAGUUCUCGUUUAGUUUGAAAGUACCGCAAAACUAUCCGUACGGACCGCCAAAAGUGAAGUGCGAGACCCGUGUCUAUCACCCCAACAUUGAUCUCGAGGGCAACGUUUGUCUCAACAUUUUGCGCGAAGACUGGAAGCCAGUGCUGACCAUCAACUCAAUUGUCUAUGGCUUACAGUAUCUGUUUCUUGAGCCCAAUCCGGAGGACCCCCUAAACACAGAGGCGGCGGAAGCGCUGCAAACCAAUAGACGUCUAUUCGAGUCGAUUGUGCGCAAAGCUAUGGCCGGCGGACAGAUAGCCAACACUUACUUCGACCGAUGUUUGAGAUGA